UCAUAACCUAUAAAUAAUCAUUCAUAUUAUUUAUAAACAAUUUUUGUGCAUUAACUUAUAUAAAAAAUUGGAUUCAAAAGAUAAAGAUAAGUACUUGAUUUCACUUAGUUAUCUAUAAUAUGUAUCGUUAUUAUUCGUUAUAUUUUCAUUAAAAAUGCCUAAAAAACGAAAAUCAAACUUGAGUUCAUCAUCAGCCAAAGCAAGAAGCAACAAACUUCUUCGCCUAUCUGAAACUCAAUGUGAACGAGAGGAGAGACUGAAAAUUCAGAAAGAAAGGAAAAGUAAUUUACGAGCUAAUGAAACACCAGAACAAUCUGAAAUUCGCCUUGCUUCUGAUAGAAUGCAACAUGCUAAUAAGAGGAAAGUCGAAUCAGAGAUAGCUUAUGAAAGAAGAUUGGCGGAUGAUCGUGCACGCCACCUUAUUACAUAUCAUAAUGCAUCUGAUGAACGACGUAUCCACCGAUUAUCACGUGAUCGUCAACAGCACACUAUUGCACUCAAUAACGAAUCAGAUGAACAUCGUAAUCAGAGAUUGACUCACGAUCGUGAACACCAUACUUUAUCUCGCUCACAGGAAUCUAUAUUUGAUCGUGAAACUCGCCUAAUGAUCGACCGAGAACAUCACGCUCUUCAGCGACGAUCAGAAUCUGCAUUCAAACGCGAUGAAAGUAGAGCUGCAGCUAGAAAUAGAUACUACAGGUUAAAGAAGAAAAAAGAAGCAAAUUUAAUGAUGGAAAACGAAAGAAUUUCGGCUCUUCGUGAAUCAGAGUUUAACGACAGACGAACAGAAAGAUUGUCUUUGGAUCGCCAAUGGCAUACCGUCCAUAGACAGUUAGAAUCUGAUUCAGAACAUCAGCAACGAUUAAAUGCUGAUAAGAAUAGACAAACUCAGAGACGAAAUAUCCGUUGGCAAUCAAAAUUGAAUAGCGGUUUCUCCUACGAUCCGUCUAUUAAUUACAAACAGGAAUCUGAUGUUGGUCCAAUGACUAAGGUUUGUAAUUACUGUAAUGCAUUAAAGUGGGUCGGUGAAUCUGUUGGAUUAUGCUGUUCAUCAGGUAAAAUUCGAUUAACACCUUUACUUGAACCUCCCGAACCUUUAAAAUCUCUGCUGGAUGGAAAACACGUUCAAUCAAAAUCAUUUUUGAACGCUGUAAGGUCUUACAACAAUGCUUUUCAGAUGACUUCAUUCGGUGCAAAUAUUGUAUCUGAGGGAAACUUUAUGCCGACUUUUAAAAUCCAGGGACAAGUAUACCAUUUAAUUGGUUCAUUGUUUCCUGAAAACCUACAAAAUAUGCUCCUUCAAGUAAAUCCUUAUGUGCAUGACUUUAAAUCGGCUUUAGAAUCUAUUCCACUCGAAAACAAAGAUAAUUAUCAAUUAGUAAUCAAUGCAGACCGUAAACCAAUUUCCGAUCAUAAAGGCCGGUAUAAUAAGCCUUCUACAAAUGAAGUAGCUGUAGUGUUAGUUGAUCAAGAGUGUCAAAAGAGAGAUAUUGUUCUAUUUUUGCGUACAGGAGAUCUUCAAAGAAUAAGUGAGACUCACCGGUCGUAUGAUGCCCUUCAAUAUCCACUUAUAUUUUGUCGUGGAGAAGACGGCUAUAAUUUUAAUAUAUUUCAUUCUGGACAACAAGCAGAAGACACGAAUAAAAAAAUUUCAGCUUUACAAUUUUACUGCUACAGACUUAUGAUGAGAUCUAAUGAGUUUAAUAAUUUACACCGUUAUCGUCAAAUUUCAAAUCAAUUUUGGGUUGAUAUGUAUGCGAAAAUUGAAACCGAGCGAUUGUCAUUUAUAAGAAAUAGUCAAAAACAACUUAGAGCCGAAAACUAUAUUCACUUACAAGAUGCUUUGCGCGUUGAAAAGUGGCAGAAACGAGGUCUUCCUCAUGCUCAUAUUCUCUUAUGGCUUGAAGAUAAAGUAACACCUAAUAGAAUAGAUAGUAUUAUAAAAGCAGAAUUUCCUAAUCCUCAAGAGGAUUUAGAUUUAUAUAAUAUUAUUAAAAAACAUAUGAUUCAUGGACCAUGUGGAAUAAUUAAUUCAAAAUCUCCGUGUAUGAAAGACAAUCGUUGUAGUAAACGAUUUCCGAAAGCAUUUGUAAAUGAAACGAUAACUGGAGAGGAUGGCUAUCCAUCUUACCGGCGGAGAUCAACGGAAGCGGGAGGAUUUGUCGCUCAAGUUAAGGUAAAUGGAAAUAAUAUAGAAGUAGAUAAUCGUUGGAUCGUCCCUUAUUCACCAGUAUUAUCCCGAACUUUUGAAACACAUUUAAAUGUCGAGUAUUGUAGCAGUGUGCAAUCUAUAAAAUACAUUUGUAAAUAUGUGAAUAAAGGAAGUGAUCAAGCAACGUUUGGACUUAAAAAUGAAAACGAUGAGAUAACGAAAUACCAAUCUGGGAGAUACAUUAGUACCUCAGAAGCAACUUGGCGUAUAAUGUCUUUCCCAAUACAUGAGAGAUUUCCUCCCGUGGUUCACUUGGAUGUUCAUUUAGAAAAUGGACAGCGAGUAUAUUUCAACACAGAAAAUGUUAUUGAUCAAAUUACUAAUCCCAAAAACACAACAUUAUUGGCCUAUUUUCAAUUAUGCCGAGAAGAAAUUUUCGCAAAGACACUUUUAUAUGACGAAGUACCUGCAUAUUAUAUAUUUGAUAAACAAUCUAAAGUAUUCAAGAGGAGGAAAAGAGGAAAUCCUGUUGAAGGUUAUCCUGGUAUUUUUAAAGAACACGUUAUUGGAAGAGUAUACACAAUUCAUCCUGGUAAUACAGAGUGUUAUUUCUUACGUCUAUUACUUCACACCGUUAGAGGCCCAACAUCUUUUAAAGAUAUAAGAACAGUUAAUGGUGUGGUAUAUCAAUCAUAUCAAGCAGCUUGCAAAGCUCUUGAUCUUAUUGAAGAUGACUCCCAUUGGGAUGAAACUUUAAAAGAAGCGUGUGUUACCGAUAGUCCAUUUAAACUAAGGCAACUUUUUGCAAUUAUUGUAGUAUUUUGUCACCCUUCUGACCCUAAAGAAUUAUGGACAAAGUAUAAAAAAUAUUUAUAUGAAGAUUAUGGAAGAAAAUUGAUAAGAAGUUUUCCUGAUAUUGAUUUAAAUUUACAUAAAGAAGAGCUUGAGAAUCGUUGUCUUAUAGACUUAGAAAAUACAAUUAUUUCUAUCGGGGGAAAACCUUUAGAUCAAUAUGGAAUGCCGAUACCGAAUAUUAAUGAUAAUUUUCAGAUAAACAGAGAAUAUCUAGCUGAAACAAUUAGAGGUAGUGGUAAAAUUGCGCUUGCAGUAGCAUCUUCAGGUAUCUCAGCAACCCUUUUACCUGGUGGUAAAACGGCCCAUUCCAUGUUCAAAAUACCGAUAGACAUUGACAGAUAUGAAUCACCAGUUUGUAAUAUCUCUAGGAAUAGUGAUAAAGCAAAAGUGAUGAGAGAUGCAUGCUUAAUAGUCUGGGAUGAAUGCACGAUGGCCAACAAGAAAGCAAUAGAAGCUGUUGACAGAACACUACAAGACUUACGAAACAAUACAAAAAGAAUGGGGGGCAUAACUUUUUUAUUUUCCGGUGAUUUUCGUCAGACUUUACCGGUAAUUACUAGAGGUACAAGAGCUGAUGAAGUGAAUGCAUCUCUUAAACGAUCUUAUCUAUGGAAUAAUAUUAAAAAACUAUCACUAACUGUAAACAUGCGAGUCCAUCAAGGAGGUGAUCCAAUUUCUCAAAAAUUUUCUAAUUUAUUGUUGGAUGUAGGGGGUGGAAAUAUAAACGAUGAAAAUGGAGAAGUAUCUCUGCCUGAUGAAUUAUGUUCAAUAGUACCAUCUAUAGAAGAUUUGAUAGAAAAAGUAUAUCCAGGUAUAAGAGAUAUUAAAAAUAAAGAGGACUCGUGGUUAUCAGAGAGAGCUAUUUUAUGUCCUAAAAAUGAAAUGGUAGUCCGUAUUAAUAAUACUAUAAUAGAUAAGUUUGAUGCAAAUGAGAUGGUUUAUGCAUCAAUCAAUACCACGAUUAAUCCAGAUGACGCAACAAACUAUACUGUUGACUUCUUAAAUUCAAUAAGUGUCAUUAUGUGA